GUGUUUCCUUUACAAGCUUUUUGCACACAUACUGUCCUCGAAAUGGACCUCGUCUUAUCGAACCAGCCUGAGUUCUAUAUCGGAAGCUAGGCUAGUGGGAACUUAGAGGAUAGCGACUCAACGUUCUCCAUGGGUGACCAAGAUUCCGAACUUCCUGAGUAUUCUGCUCCGCUCUCUGAGCCUGUCCAAGGGGGUGCACAGGGACCAGUGAACGGACGGUCGGAGCACACUUACUCGUUAGAAAACAGCAAAGGCCAGAAAUGGCUUUUUCUCGUGGUUAAAAGCCGUUCGCGAGAUUCUCUGUCCCUGCCCACCUACUAUGCAGGCGAUGUUAUCUCUGGACGAACAGAGAUCAAUGUUAUAAAGUCUGAGUCAAUCAAGGCGGUGACCAUCUCUGUUACAGCAGGAACUACAUCAGUGGGACAGGAAGAACAACUUUUUCUGAAGAUUGAGAAUGAACUGUGGAAUCCUAAUAUGAUCCUUCCGGAUGGCACGAAAGUGUCAAAGUUCAGCAAAGGGAUUUACUCUUGGCCCUUUGAAGUCACUCUACCUACCGAGACAGAGGUGCAAGAUGGCACAGCCAAGAAGAAGUUCCCACUGCCUCCUACUUUUUCAGAACGAGCUAGCCCUGCCUAUAUAGAUUACAAGCUGUUUGUUACGAUAAAGCGUGGAGCAUUGAGAGUUAACCAGACUCUGUCAACAAGUUUCGGGUAUAACAUUAUCACACGAGCAGACCCUCCUUCGUCUCUCCGACAAUUAGCGUACAGAGAAGGUAGCCCGCUUAUUGGGCCAAAAGGUGAUCCAGAAGGUUGGAAGGUGCUUCCGCCUGUGUCAAUCAAAGGCACAUUCUUUGGUUCCAAGGAUGCAGUGGUUGAUUGCACUCUAGCUAUCGCAACGCCAUUGACAUAUGCUCGAGCGUCGCCGUUGCCCCUUACAAUAACUCUUACCAGUGAAGAUAAUCACGCGCUUGACCUUCUCUCAUCCCCUUCAUCUAUCCAGCUUCUUUUGGUCAGAUCUAUGGCCACAGGUUCAGAUGCGACAAGUGAGGACAUCUCCAGACGGAGUAACAAUUUUUUCCUUGAGAAUGUCGCUCGAGCUGUUUUUUGGCCAUCCAGCGAAGGGAGCAAAGAGGAUGGCAGGAGGGUUCUUAGUGGUGAAGUAGACAUCAAGAAUAUCUUCAAACCAAGCUUUAUGUUUCCUAGGUUUACCGUCAGGUACACGCUGGAUCUACUGCCGUUUAAAGCAACGGGCUUUGUACCUUCAGUCGUCACGACGGAGCCUUUGGUGAGCCAGAAGAUCAUUCUAACAACUCUUCAGGCGCCUGGCGUUGUGAUGCGCUCUCAUGCACCACCGGGAUACGUGCAAGAACAAGGCGGAGACUACAACAAGUCAGUAGGAUUAUUGGAAAAUGGAAAUCAGCGUUUCUAUCAUCAUCAUGGUUCUGCACUUGGUUAAGCCAGUCGCUUUCGUAUCAAUUAAAGGGGACCGAAACUGUAUAGGAGCUGUGAUGACAACUUUCGAUGUAAUUCUAGGAGGUAUAAUGAGUAUAUGAAUUAUCUGCAUUGUCAAGCUUCCUUUAUAUCAGCGUCAGUCUCAUCAUCGAUCAUGCUCAUGAAAAGGAAUGUUUCGAAUGUAUCGUCUCCCUUCCUCGUCAACGUGCCAUUUGCUCCAAUACCACCGAUCAGAUCCUGAUCAUUAUCAGGAACAUCCCAAUUGAAAGAUUCUGGCCUACGAUGUGCCACAAAUACGAACGUCUGUUCCCCUGAUGGACCAAAACGCGUCCAACCGUUGUGGUUCGAUUGUUUCUCCGAUCCUUUUGGUCUGAAACCGACAGGCUCAAAGGAGAACCACAAGCCAAAAGCGGACCAGAAAUCAGCCUCCUUAGACAGACUGCGGAUUUUAUAGGAGAUGACUACUUUAGCAUAGUCCGAAGAGAUGAAUGGUGGUGACGAUAAAUGGAUGAGCGAUCGUAGAA